AGUAGUGCAGGCAAAGUGGCCCCGCAGUCAGGCGCAGCGAGGUGCUGCAGAGCCGGAUCGUGGCUUACGCGCCUUGGGCCAAGAUGCCACGCUUCGCCUUGACCGUCAUCCGCCAUGGAGAAACAAGACUUAAUAAGGAGAAAAUCAUUCAAGGACAAGGAGUAGACGCACCCCUUUCUGAGACUGGGUUUAGGCAAGCAGCUGCCGCUGGUCAGUUUCUGAGCAAUGUGCAGUUUACGCACGCUUUCUCCAGUGAUCUCACAAGGACUAAGCAGACCAUACACGGCAUUUUGGAGAAAAGCAGAUUUUGCAAAGACAUGGCGGUGAAGUACGACUCCAGACUCCGAGAAAGGAUGUAUGGCGUCGCAGAAGGCAGGCCGCUAAGCGAGCUCCGAGCCAUGGCCAGAGCCGCUGGGGAAGAGUGUCCCAUGUUCACCCCACCUGGAGGAGAGACGGUAGAGCAGGUGAAAAUGCGUGGGAAGGAUUUCUUUGAUUUCAUUUGUCAGCUGAUCCUGGACAAGACAGGCCAGAGAGAAAGCUACUCCCCUGGAGCGCCAGGCCACUGUUUGGGAAGCUCGUUAGCCGAGGUUUUCCCUGUGGGAAAACAUGUCAGCUUGGGGUCGAAUCCCGAAGGCGGAGCCCUGGGCUUAGCAGCCAGCGUCUUAGUUGUGAGCCAUGGAGCUUACAUGAGAAGCCUCUUUGGUUAUUUUCUGAGUGACCUCAGAUGCUCACUGCCAGCAACAAGAGACAAAUUCGAACUUUCAUCCAUCACUCCCAACACUGGGAUCAGUGUCUUCAUCAUAGACUGUGAGGAAGCAUGCAAGCCAUCGAUUCAGUGUGUCUGUAUGAACCUCCAGGACCAUCUGAAUGGAGCGACCGACAAGCACUGAGUUUAAAGCCGCGCAGUGCAGCCUCUGAAGGGAGUGCCUCGGCCUCUGCUCCUGCCAUUUCAUAAGCAGUCGAGAAUUCAUGUGAUAAAGCCCCACCGGGGUUCUGGCUGUCUCGGACGUUAGUGGGAGUCCACUCACAGCCAACCUGGUUUUUCUGAGACAAUUUCUACAGUGAUUUUUGUCACUCCGUCCCAUUGUGUCUCUGAACUGUUAACUUAUGAGGACACUCAGCGUUGUACAUUGGGGAUGAGGAGCCUCCUUCCCACACACGUCCUUUCAUUGGCCUUUUUUAUGUCUAGAUGGUGUUGGCUUUUGAAGAGAAGUGUAUGAUUUUCCACUUGCUUACCAAGUGCUUGCAAGAAAGAAUGGUUUAAAUAAUUGGCUGCAUAUUUGCAGUGAUUGUGUCAAAGUCCAAAGUGACUAAAGCUUCUUACUGUCAUCAGUGUGUAAGGUAAAAUGGCUGAACGCUCUAGUGUCCUCCUGAGAAACUGGCUCUUGGGAUAUUAUUAUUAUUAUUAUUAUUAUUAUUAUUAUUAUUAUUAUUAUUAUUAUUAUUACCUCAAUACAGCUGAGGGACUGAAGGGGUGGGCAGUUAAGAGUACUUCCUGUUACUCUGAGAACCCCAGUUCAGAUCCCAUUACCCAUGUUGGGCAGCUCACAGCUGCCUGGAACUCCAGUAUCAGGGCCAGGGCCAGCUCUGGGCCUCUGCAGACUCUUGAACACAUACAUGCACACAAAUAAAAGUAAUAAAAGCAGCCUGGGGGGAAGGAAAGGAACACACCACUUGAUCAAAACCCAUUAAGGAUCCUCUGAACAGAAGGCAGAAGGAGCUUAACAGGCAAACAGUAGGUGGGGGAUGCUCAAAUUGUCCCUUGCUUUGCAUCCAACCUGCUUGUAAAGACUUGCCAGUUGAAUAGCUAAAGAGGCGCUGAAAACUGGUUUCCAGAAGGCACAGUGACCGUCUGUCCUCCAGGUGGCGCUGUAGGAAAGGGAUUUUGCUUGCAGCUCACAUCCUUAAUUAGGAAAGCGAUUGAACUGUUGAAAGUGCAUAGCUCAGCUGGCCAGUAGCGCCUCACGCCUUUAAUCCCAGCACUUAGGAGGUAGAGGCAGGCAGAUUUCCCA